AUGAUGGAAGAGGACCCGCAGAUUCAAGAUGCUUUUAGCACUGCUAAUGACUUCUUGACACCAGUCCUGGAUCGAGAUGAAAUAAAAAAGACACCAGGGACCUCUUUGAUUCAAAUUCUAAGCCAGGUCUCCGAUCAUGACGGCGGUGAUGAUGAAUCCGGGAGACCGACGGUCAUCAACAAGGCCUUGGAUAUAUUGAUCAAUAUCCAUAGAUCAUUCGUUCCACCUGCCCCACGAAAGGGGGCGCAACAGCAGUAUUCUGAUGUUGCAGGUUCCCCCAUGGAAGAUGCCAAGCGCCGUCGAAUGUUGCACGCUCUGCUGGAUCUGAUUUCCUUGGAAGGCAUAUAUCCUUCAUUGUCCGCUGGCGUCGGAAUACCUUUGCAGCAGCGCGUUAUAUCGGUUCUCCCAGCCGGUAUUAUUGCCAAGAAGGCGCACACAAUCACCAGCAGUGUACCUCAGAAUGAGCCGCUACUUCGCCGCAUCAUUGGUGUUUUGCUUGUUAUACUCAGUGACCCUCACCCAAGCAUACAGCCCAUAAUUCGAAGUCGUAUCCUGAGUGAUGUGAUCAGUGGGAUCUCGGACCUUGCGUUCAACCCAAACCUCGAACAAUCGCCUGAUAGAAUAGGCCUCAAGGCAUCAUUAACAGACAUUGUGGAAGCUACCCCCACAACCGUCUUAUUACCCACGCUAUCUAGCUUCCUUCAGUCGGACACUGCUCAAUGGUUCAAAUCAACGAUAUCAAGUCAGAUCUCACACGUCCCACUACGACCAGGCGGAGUGGUGCAAGUCAUAAUGUUUAUUGCAUCGCAAUUCUCCCCAUCGCUUGGCCAGGAAGCACAGGAUCAAUCAAACGGCCCUCGGUUGACCGUGCAGGCUAUCAUGCAGAUAUCCCGCCUUCUCUCGUCUGUACCACAUGGGGUUGACUCGAAGGUCUAUUUUGAGACGAUCGCUCCGCAACUUUUGGCCUUGAUAGAUGGCGCUGAUCCAGACCUCCGGAAAACUGCUUCAUAUGUUGUCGCCAAUGGAAUACUGGGUAAACGUGCAUACGGGGCCGUUGGAACCAUUGGUCAUUCUAUUUUCGUGGAACCUAUAUUCAAUGCACUCACUGCGGAACUUGACCCAAAGUCCAGGCAAUGGAUGACCCAAUUUACGGAUGUCGAAGGCUCUUUGCCUCAGUCAAGGGAUGACGGCCAUACAUCUACUACCAUUGUGGACAGCACAACCAUCGAUCUGGCUUUGGAAAGAUUGAGAUGCUUGACAUUGCAGCACCCGAAUCCCAGCGUCGUCAAGCGGCUCAUUCAGCCAAUUCUUCUUCCUCUAUGGGGACUAGUAUGCUUCUCCAAGGAACAGCAACCCCUGGGUUCUUUUCAUGAACGUGUGCUACCGCUACUGCAAACAUUUUUCGGUAUUUCGGUCGGGUUUCCACCGCUGAAAAAGCUGGUCGAUAAUCUUCUUUGGGAUGGAGGCGUGAAUUGGACAUAUCUCGAGGAUGCUGACUUGCGAGUUGCAUUGGUCCAACGAAACGCCCCAGCGGGCGACCACUCCAAUUUGAUCCGCUUAAUGGAUUCAUUGCACACAAGAGCCGAAUUAUUCAUCAGUCUUCUUGGAUCUGACCCUAGCAGUGAAGAGAGGACUGGUGAUAUAUUCCUCUACGUGAGUGAAAAGUGGCUAGUGAAACCCACCAUCUCUCAACCGUCCAGGAACAUGCUUCAUGGAGGUCCUGUAAAUGAGACCGAAAACAUUACCCAGAAGCUUGUCAGUGCAAAGGUUGCAGAGAAGCUGCUGGACAACUUCAAGGAAGCACUCACCAGACGUCCGCUCCGUGUUCUGGAACUCAUCAAACAUAUAGUUGAUGGAGAAUUGCAUGUACUUCAGGCCCGAGAUAGCGCGAAAAAAGGAGAUGUCUCUCUAUCAUCACUAUCCAACAUUGUCGAGAAAGAGGAUGAUACAAUGGAAGAGUCAGCAAUCGAUUCAUCCGAGUCCCUCUCAACGGCCUUCAGCCUCCUGUCCACUCUGCUCGCCUCAGCUGAGUUCUCGCCCACCGAAGAACUGAUUCCGCUACUCUCGUCUCUAAAGCAAAAUCUGGAUCAGCUUGUACCGCUUCUUCCACCAACGCUCUCCAAGCCAGGACUUACGUCGUCGCUACUGCUGGAGAUUCAACUUGCCACUCCAGAUAAGCCCGCAACGCAGACGAAACCAGCUCACAUCAAAGAUCUUGAGACCUAUCGUCAAGCAAUGGCAAAUCUAACCUCAGACAUGCCACCAGUCAAAGCAGAAGGUCUAUUCCUCUUGGAGGAGCUUAUAAUGGCAGCUUCCCCGGUUGUUGAUGUGAGCGUGGCCCUCGGGUGGAUGCUAUUGGUAGUCACAGACACUUCAGGUACAGCGGAAGAUGAAACAUACAACCACAAAGCUGCAACCAGCGUCAUUGGAAAGCUGGCGUCACGCCACCCGCACACGGUGAUCAAGACGUUGGUUGAGGAUUAUGCGGAUAAACAGGAGAAGAGGACCCUGAACCAGCGUCUUAUGAUCGGUCAGGCGAUGGUCCAAUCGAUCCAAAAUAUAGGUAACGGACUCUCCGGUGAAACAGCAAAGGUUCUGGGAGAAACCCUGAUUGCUGUUGCCGGACGGCGUGGCACCAAAGACCAACCCAAGAAGUUGAGAACCACGACACAAGAAAACGACAACGUCGCGAGCCAUCAGCCUAGUCAGGCUAGCGACGAAGAAAAUGGAACUGAACUGUCAGAUGGCUGGUCAAUCCCAUCUGAGAUCGCCAAAGUCGCGUCCGAGCUCAACCUUCACGACGAGGACUCCGACGAGGAGACCGAGGAACAGAAAGCAUUUGCUGCCAAUGUUGUCGCAGCAUGGGCAGCUGGCACGUCAGCAGACGACAAACCAGACGAUCUUCGUGCCCGAGCAUCGGCGAUUUCGAUCCUCGGCACAGCCAUCACAACCAACAUCAUCGGCCUCGGCCCCACAGCCGUCUCAUCUGCCAUCGAUCUCGCCCUCUCCGUCCUUACGCUCGAAACCGCCACCGAAACGGCCAUCAUGCGCCGCGCAAGCGUGAUCCUGAUCCUUGACACCUUAAAGGCCCUUGAAACGGCACGCGAAACACUCGGACAGGACGUUGGAUUUGGCUUCUCUCUUUCAGACAAUGAUUCAUUCGCCGUGCCGCAGGCUUUCUCGCACGAGAAGUCCACUGUCGGUAAUAUUCCUGCUAUGCUGCGCACGCUAUGCUUCGUCGAGAGUCGGGAGAAGGACGGCCUUACCCGUCAACAUCUUCGUGAUUUGGUCGAGAGUUUGGAGGCCUGGACGGAGAAGUCUUUGAUGUGGGGCAUCGGCGUUCACGAAGGCCAAGAGGCUCUGGAUGCAGGACUUGGACUCGGUGGCAGGAUUGCGGGUCUUCAUGUUGACCCGAUGGCUGGUUUGGAAGGAACUGGUCGCCCUCGCAUUGAAGAGAUUGAAUGA